AUGAGCCACAUAUCUAUGGUCUUCUUCUGUCAGGCUUUGCUGAGUGAUACACCUGUAAUGAAAGCGUUUUGGUGGCUAAUUAUGAUAGUAUGCAUUAUGUGUGGUACUAUCACAACCACACUAGUCAUUUUGGAAUAUGUAGAUGGACCAACAGCCACAUCCACAACUAUAAGAUUGGUAGACAGCUUGGAACUACCAGCCAUAACGAUUUGCCCAAAGGUUCCGGAUGCUUUCAACUCAACCGGACUUUUCGCUGAUAUUUACGAGUCAUUACCUGGUAUAGACAAUGUUACUGCAAAUGAUUUAGUAAAAUUUUGGAUUGGAGGUAGCGGGUUGGAAAAUAUGGACGAUUUAGCUUAUUUUAAUCGAACAUAUAUGAGUCACCUUAAUUCGUUGUACAAAACGUGGUCAAACGGAUAUUCUAUCGAUGAAUUCUUUAAUCUCAUGCAGGGAAAAUAUGGGUAUUCAUGCGAAGAACUCUUUCAAGAGUGUCAACUGGCGGGGAAAACAAUGAGCUGCUGUAAUGAUUUGUUCGUGAAGCAAGUUGUUAUGCGCCGAGGAAUCUGCUUCCAAACAAGGAAGUUCGUCAAUCAGACAGAAGCAGAUGACAUUGGGAGGCUCGUUUUAAGCAUAAAAGCACCACCUAGCAUUACAAAUCCUCAUUACAAUUACAGCCAGCCACAGAUCAUUGUCUAUGUGACAGAUAAUUUUCGAAACGUCGUCGACUUUCCUCGAUUUUAUUUGUAUCCUCACGAAUGGAAUCGAAUGCGAUUUACAGCCAGAUACAUCGAACUUAUUGAGAACGAAGACGUUUGCACACAGAAG